GCUGAUGUGAUGACAACUAUCAGCAAGGAAUUAAACCGGGAUUGUUACAAUCAAAAUUACACACCCGGAACAAUUGAUUGGUCUCCUAUUAUUUGGGUGAAUCGAAGUUUGCCUUUAUGGGGAUUACAGGUUUCAGUGGCUUUAAUAAGUCUCUUUGAAACACUAUUGCUGAGUUAUCUUAGCUACAAGGGAAAUAUCUGGGAACAAAUUCUGCGAAUACCCUUCCUCCUGGAAAUAAUAAAUGCUGUCCCUUUCAUCAUUACGAUUUUCUGGCCAGUCCUAAGAAACCUGUUUAUUCCUGUUUUUUUAAACUGUUGGCUAGCAAAGCAUGCUUUGGAGAAUAUGAUUAACGAUCUUCACAGAGCCAUCCAACGUACACAGUCUGCAAUGUUUAACCAAGUCCUCAUUUUAAUAUCCACCUUACUGUGUCUUAUCUUCACUUGGUAAGUGACCAAAAUCCUUCUG